CAUCCGUUUCAGCCACGAGGAGGAACCCUAAUCCCAUCAGUUACCCAAUUCCAUUUCCCCGUCCACAACAAAUUGUCAUUUCCCACCUGUUCUUACACCACUACCAUACCACAUAUCAACCAUCCUUCCCCAACUAGAAAUUCCCCAGGCACCUACUCCUCGUUCCAAUCCACGAAAGGCACCUCCUUUUUAUUUCUUUGGUUGGAUUUCUUGCUUCUUCUUCUCUUCCUUCCUCUCCACAAACCAGUAAUCUCUGGAAAAUUAUUUGCAGCUCAUUCGGUGCCUUUUUAGGUCAAUUUUGAGGGAAGGGUGCUGUGUGGUUCCUUGCUGCCGGCGGUUUCUUGCUGCCAGUGCUUUCUUGGGUUGGAUUCUGGUACCUCGGUGAUUCUUGCGUUGCGGCGGUCAAGGCGAGGAAUUGGGCGGGACUCCAGCUCAAAUCGGUGCCUUGUUGGGUUAAAUCGAAAGAUUCCUUUAUGGGCGACGCCAUGGGGGUCAGCGCUCUCAAGGCACCAUAACUAAGAUCUGAGGUUUGGUGCUGUCAGCUGGUGUGAGUCUGAUUGCUGUGUCCAUAAACAGAUUCUUCGGAGCUGAUUUUUGGUGAGGGGGUGAGGAGGAAGGAGGAUGUCUUUCAGGAGCCUGAUUCAGGAGAUGAGGGACGAGUUCGGGAGCAUCUCGCGGCACAGCCUGCGGUCCCGGUCUCACCGGUCUGGGAACGCGCCGCGGGAAGCGGCCGUGGGGUCAUCCGAGGAGGCGCUGCAGCAGAGCUGCUGGGCGCGGCUGCCCCCCGAGCUCCUGCGGGAGGUGCUGGUCAAGAUCGAGGCGUCCGAGAGCUGGUGGCCGGCCCGCAGGGACGUUGUGGCGUGCGCGGGCGUCUGCCGGACCUGGAGGGGCAUCAUGAAGGAGAUCGUGCGCGUCCCGGAGUCUUCGGGGAAGCUCACGUUCCCCAUCUCACUCAAGCAGCCUGGCCCAAGGGAUGGCACUCUUAAAUGUUUCAUCAAGAGGGACCGGACUACUCAGACGUACUAUCUGUAUCUUGGACUCACGGAAGCACUUGUUGAUGAUGGAAAGUUCCUACUUGCCGCACGCAAAUGCCGAAAGCCCACAUGCACGGACUACCUAAUUUCUCUUGAUAGGGAUGAUAUCUCAAAGGGAAGCAGCACCUAUAUUGGCAAGCUAAGAUCAAACUUUCUCGGAACAAAGUUUACUGUCUAUGAUGCUCAUCCCCCAUAUGAUGGAGCGGUGGUUUCUAAGAGUUGGUCUGCACGUGCGAUUUGUUCAAACCAGGUCUCUCCUAGAAUUCCUGCUGGGAAUUAUCCAGUCUCACAUAUUUCUUACGAGCUGAAUGUUCUGGGCUCCAGAGGUCCAAGAAGGAUGAACUGUGUUAUGGAUUCCAUCCCCGCAUCAGCUGUUGAGGAAGGAGGGAAAGCUCCAACACAGACUGAAUUUCCUCUUAGCAGCCUUGACUCUUUCCCAUCAAUUCCAUUCUUCAGAUCUAAAUCUGCUUGGAUAGACAGUUCAACUUCACAAUCAUCCACUGAGAAGGAGGAGAGGCUGGUGUUGAAGAACAAGUCUCCUAGGUGGCACGAGCAACUUCAGUGUUGGUGCCUCAAUUUCCGAGGGCGGGUCACAGUUGCCUCGGUGAAAAAUUUUCAGUUGGUGGCUUCAGAUGAUAAUGGACCAGGGAACCAGGAGCAAGACAAAGUGAUUCUCCAGUUUGGAAAGAUUGGAAAGGACUUGUUCACCAUGGACUACCGUUAUCCAAUAUCGACAUUUCAAUCAUUUGCAAUUUGUCUGAGCAGUUUCGAUACCAAAAUAGCCUGUGAAUAAGACAAGGCGCUGGACAACGAUGGCAGAUGGAAGAUGAAAGCAAUACUAGUGCAUGAUUCAUGCUUGAUGUCGAAGCAGGAGUAUUGGGUAAACCAUGUCGCCUGAAGAAGUCGUCCAAAUUAUAAUGAUAUUGCUGUGUACAUUGCUAUAUCUAGUUUAUUUUUCCUAUUAAUGAAUACUAUAUAUACAUUAUUUGCCCGCGCCAACAAGUCAAAGUCUAGAGUUUUUUUUUUCCUUUUUUAUUUCCCUGGAAAACGGCUGGCUUGUGCUUGCGUUGUGUGGCCAUUGGCCAGGGCUGUCGUCAGACUUGAUGAGUUUGUGAGAAUAGGAAGCUUCGAGUUGAUAUAUAGCUGUAACAAUAAUGUACUAGUACAAGUUCUGAGUUUAAUGUUUGGUUGGUGUUUCA